GCGAUGUGACCGUUCGCGCUGGGCUGCGCCGCGCACCAUCCGAGCCGAGUGCGGCCAGCGUCGCCACAGGUGAUUCGCUCUCCCGUGCAGGCAGCCUAGCCCGCUGGACCCACUGCAAAACAUUCUUCGGUUAGUCCUUUCGGACCAGGUGGAUCUGGAGAAGGGGGAAGACCCCCGCCCCCCAGGAAAAGUCUCACUGUUGAUAAAACGACCACCAAAAUUUAAAAAGUGACUCCUCUCCUUACCUCCUCUUCUUCCGGGAGGCAGACGGGAGACAUGGCUUGCCCUUUCCUCCUCUGCCUCUUGCUCGCUCAGCUGGGAUUGGGAGCGGUCGGCGCCAGCCGCGAACCCCCGGGACGGCCGGAUCCCCAUCGGGAGAGGCCCCUGAGGGCCAAGCAGCACGCGCAGCAGGCGGCUCGAGCCUCCGCCCCGGACCCCUCGGCUCCCUGGAGCCGCUCCACCGACGGCACCAUCUUGGCGCAGAAGCUCGCCGAGGAGGUGCCCAUGGACGUGGCCUCUUACCUCUACACCGGGGACUCCCACCAGCUGAAGCGGGCCAACUGCUCCGGCCGCUACGAGUUGGCCGGCCUGCCGGGGAGGUCUCCAGCCCUGGCCAGCUCCCAUCCCUCCUUGCACGGAGCGCUGGACACGCUGACACACGCCACCAACUUCCUCAACAUGAUGCUGCAGAGCAAUAAGUCUCGGGAGCAGAACUUGCAGGACGACAUGGAGUGGUACCAGGCACUGGUGCGCAGCCUUCUGGAGGGGGAGCCCAGCAUCUCCCGGGCGGCCAUCACCUUCAGCACCGAGUCGCUGUCCGCGCCCGCCCCGCAGGUCUUCCUCCAGGCCACGCGCGAAGAGAGUCGCGUCCUGCUCCAGGACCUGUCCUCCUCCGCCCACCACCUGGCCAACUCCACGCUGGAGACCGAGUGGUUCCACGGCCUCCGGCGCAAGUGGAGGCCCCACUUACACCGCCGCGGCUCCCAUCAGGGGCCCCGGGGCCUGGGCCACAGCUGGCGGCGCAGGGACGGGCUCAGCGGGGACAAGAGUCAUGUCAAGUGGUCGCCACCGUAUCUGGAGUGCGAGAACGGGAGUUACAAGCCCGGGUGGCUGGUCACGCUUUCCGCUGCCUUCUAUGGGUUGCAGCCUAAUCUGGUCCCUGAAUUCAGGGGUGUCAUGAAAGUUGAUAUAAAUCUUCAGAAAGUGGACAUUGACCAAUGUUCAAGUGAUGGCUGGUUUUCAGGAACACACAAAUGCCACCUUAACAAUUCAGAGUGUAUGCCAAUUAAAGGCCUAGGAUUUGUACUUGGAGCCUAUGAGUGCAUUUGCAAAGCAGGAUUCUAUCACCCUCGAGUCUUAGUGAGCAACUUUCACAGAAUGGAUCCGGAUCAUCAGUCUUCAGGAAGUGGGAAAGGGGUGUCAGAGGAAACCCAUGUCUGCCUGCCCUGCAGAGAAGGUUGUCCCUAUUGUGCUGAUGACCGCCCAUGCUUUGUCCAAGAGGAUAAGUAUCUACGACUUGCUAUCAUCUCCUUCCAAGCCCUGUGUAUGCUGCUGGACUUCGUCAGCAUGCUGGUGGUCUACCACUUUCGCAAAGCAAAGAGCAUCAGAGCAUCAGGCCUUAUCCUGCUGGAAACAAUCCUUUUUGGGUCUCUGCUGCUGUACUUUCCUGUUGUUAUUUUGUACUUCGAGCCGAGUACAUUUCGCUGCAUCCUCCUGAGAUGGGUCCGUCUUCUCGGUUUUGCCACUGUGUACGGAACUGUCACUCUGAAGCUCCACAGGGUUUUGAAGGUGUUUCUUUCCCGAACAGCACAACGAAUUCCAUACAUGACUGGUGGCCGGGUCAUGAGGAUGCUAGCAGUCAUACUCCUGGUAGUGUUUUGGUUUCUCAUUGGCUGGACUUCAUCUGUGUGCCAGAAUUUGGAGAGGGAAAUUUCACUUAUUGGCCAGGGGCAAACAUCUGAUCACCUCAUCUUUAAUAUGUGCCUCAUUGACCGCUGGGAUUACAUGGCAGCAGUUGCUGAAUUUUUAUUCCUCUUGUGGGGUGUUUAUCUCUGCUAUGCAGUGCGGACAGUCCCGUCAGCCUUUCAUGAGCCCCGCUACAUGGCCGUGGCUGUCCACAAUGAGCUCAUUAUCUCUGCUAUAUUCCAUACAAUUAGAUUUGUUCUUGCUGCAAGACUUCAGUCUGACUGGAUGUUGAUGCUCUAUUUUGCACACACUCAUUUGACUGUGACAGUCACCACUGGGCUGCUUUUGAUUCCAAAGUUUUCACAUUCAAGCAAUAAUCCACGGGAUGAUAUUGCUACAGAGGCUUAUGAGGAUGAGCUAGAUAUGGGCCGGUCUGGAUCCUAUCUGAACAGCAGUAUCAAUUCAGCCUGGAGUGAGCACAGUUUGGAUCCAGAAGACAUUCGGGAUGAGCUGAAGAAACUUUAUGCCCAAUUAGAAAUAUAUAAAAGGAAGAAGAUGAUCACAAAUAAUCCCCACCUCCAGAAAAAGCGGUGCUCAAAGAAGGGCUUAGGCCGUUCCAUCAUGAGGCGCAUCACUGAGAUCCCAGAGACUGUCAGCAGGCAGUGCUCCAAAGAGGACAAAGACCUUGCAGACCAUAGCACAACCAAAAGCACAGCCCUCAUCAGGAAGAACCCCCCAGAGUCUUCAGGAAACACCGGGAGACCCAAGGAAGAGUCCCUAAAAAAUCGAGUCUUUUCACUCAAGAAAUCCCACAGCACUUAUGACCACGUGAGAGAUCAAACCGAAGAGUCCAGUAGCCUACCAACAGAAAGCCAGGAGGAGGAGGCUACUGAAAAUUCCACACUGGAAUCCCUUUCAAGUAAAAAACUGGUGCAAAAGCUUAAAGAGGACAGCGAGGCCGAGUCCACGGAGUCCGUGCCUUUGGUGUGUAAGUCAGCAAGCGCUCACAACCUCAGCUCUGAGAAGAAACCCGGGCACCCACGAACCUCUAUGUUACAAAAGUCUCUGAGUGUCAUAGCAAGCGCCAAGGAGAAGACUCUUGGGUUAGCUGGGAAAACCCAAGCUGCCAGUGCAGAAGAGCGUGCUAAACCCCAGAGAGCUCUGCUGAAAGAUAGAGAGCCCAACAGGAAGCGCUCGAAUUCAGACAACACAGAGACAAAAGAUUAUGCACCACAAAACUCCAAUCCUGUGGAGGAGCCAAGGAAGCCUCAGAAAUCUGGGAUUAUGAAGCAACAAAGGGUCAACCCUGCCACUGCCAACACUGACCUGAGCCCAGGCACCACCCGGAUGAAGGACAACUUUGAUAUUGGGGAAGUGUGCCCUUGGGAGAUGUAUGACCUGACGCCUGGUCCUGUGCCUUCAGAAUCAAAAUCUCAAAAACACGUAUCUAUUGCAGCUUCUGAAAUGGAGAAAAACCCAACGUUUUCCUUAAAGGAGAAAUCUCACCACAAGCCUAAGGCAGCUGAAGGAUGUCAGCAGUCCAAUCAGAAGGGCAUAGAUAAGGCUGAAGUCUGCCCUUGGGAGAACCAAGGUCAGUCCCUAUUUGAAGAUGAGAAGCAUUUGGUUUUGAAAACUCCAGUCCUCCCAGGGAGAGCCAAAGACGAGAAUGCAGGUCCACAUUAUACAGCUAAUAUGAGUACUGGGCAAUAUGAAGAACUACCCCCCAAAAUCGUAGCAUCAAAAGUAGAGAAUGAAAAUCUCAACCCAAUGGGAGACCAGGAAUCAAAGACAUUACCUUCUGUGGAAAAUGUUCCUGGCUCCUACAGCUCUAGUAAUAAUUUCCAACAACCUUUAAUAUCACGUGCUGAGGUGUGUCCUUGGGAGUUUGAGACCCCAGAACAACCAAAUGCUGAAAGAAGUGUAGCUUUACCUGUCUCUUCUGCUUUAAAUGCAAAUAAGACAGCAGGGCCUCAGAAAUAAGAGGUCUGGGACACCUUUAGAGAAUAGUAUCCCCAGGAAGAAAAAAGAAGGAAAUGCCAAAUUCAAAAUACAACAGGAAAUCUAAAAAUCAAAAGCUCCCCAAGGUAUUUCAUCAUUUAAGUGAGGUCUGACAGUGAAGAAAGGUUGAAGUCAUGGUCUGGAGAGGGCCAGAAUGCAUGUGAAUGCUAUCACAGUGCAGAAGUCAGACUUCGGCCAAGAAAGUCACACCCCAGGCAGCACAGGGAAAAUAUUCCGAUUCUGCGUGUUUAAGGGGAAUCACCCUCAAUGUUUGCCUCUGAUCGAUUUUUAUCCAUGGGGCUUUGAAGAUCCAAAGAAACACAAGCCAGGAGACACAAAAGACAUGAUGUUUUACAAAGAAGAAAGAGGGAUAGGUAUACAUGACUGAAGUUCCAAGUCCCUGACUGAAAAGAACUUACUUUACCUAUUUAACCUUGACAGCACUAAUUUAAUGCAUCCUCAAAAGUAUCUUUUUUAUUAAUGGUAGCCCUCACUUUCUUAUGUUCCAGUGUACUAUUGUGUCUCAUAUCCAAGCAUUCCAGAUUGUAUAAUUUUUGCAAAUAACUUUGAUAUCAUGUGACACAACUCAUUUAUGCAAUCUGUAGCUACUCGAUUGUUUUUGCAACUUACAGAAAACCUGCUAUCUAUCAACUUCAGUUGGUCCUUGAAGUAUAGUAAGCUUUCUCUGGCUUAGGAAGCCAUCACUGUUAUGAUAAAAAACUUUUAGUUUGGGCUGUGGUUUAUAUAUUGUGAAUUUGAAUUUGACCCAUCAUUUCACACCAUAGUUUGUUAUACUGUCUUAAUUAGGGUUUUUAUACCAGUUGAGUUUCUUGUUUUGCACUUCUUGUUAGGACUCAGAGGCUUUAUUACUACUGGAGAUUAAGUGGUCCUACUUAGUCAUGUGUCUCAAUAAGUUAAGGACAACUUAUCCAUUGUUUGUUCAAAGUAAAAGAUAGAUCAUUCCAAUCGUCCCUUUGAACUCUUUCAGUAUUUCAUACUUAGCAGCAUUUCCUAAGGAAAAAGCUAAGAGUGAGAAAAAUAUACUGUACAUUACCAUUGGAAGGGGAAGACUCUAGGAAUGACAGAAUUAUAGCACUACUACAGAUCCAGAAAAUUUGCCUUUCAAAAUGAAGACAGAAAGGUAGCUCCUAAUAGCACUUUCAAGGGAUUAUUUUUUUAAAAGAGAAAAAAAUAAUGAUAGCAUCAAGAUCAUUGUAUGGAUAUAUUUUUAUUAUGUAUACUGAAAAUAUGAUAUUUUAAAUUACCUUAAGCUAUUUAUUCUCAUAAACUUUUAUUCAUUGCUUCAACUAGAGGUAGAGUUUGCUGGGCUCAAAUCCCAAAGAGGUUUUAUAACCUAAUUUACUGAAAGCCUAUAAGGUGGCGUGGGUUCUUCAUUCUCCCAAGCACUGGAAAACUUAUAAGUCUUGCAAAAUGUUAUUGCAAGCCACUUUACUCAAAAUGUAAAGGGAAAGAUUUAUUUGCAAGGCAAAAUAGCCCUCGAAGCAUAUCUCAUAAAACUUAUUGCAUUCCACGCUGAUCUCUUGGCAUGAAAAUCCUAAACUGCUGACCUAGCCCUACUGGUGUGAUCAUGCAGUGAGAUUUCUAACCUAAGUCUCAUUUUAUUUAAAGAUGUACUGCUUUAAAAGAUAGAGCCCAGACUUCCAUUUUUCUCACUCUCAAUACUGCAGUAUCAAUUGCCUAUUUUUCCAGGGCAUUUCCAGCCUAAAUAACUGUUCUUUUGUUUCAUGAGCAGUGAGGAGAACAUGCUAGGAUGGUUAAAGAUGGACAAAAGGAGUCAGAAUGUGGAUACGAGGCUAUUCUUAGAGAAUAUUAUUCCCAGUCAAAGGUAAAAACAAAAUUCUGCAUAUCCAUCAUCCAACAGUUUUCUCAGUGAUUUUUCUUCAGGAGUAAGCGAACACUUCGCCAUUUUGCAAAGCUGUGUAUAAAUCUUCCUCACCCAUUUGCUUGCCCUAUGCAUUUCUCAGGUUGGUGGGGUAGGUUUGAAAAGCUAUAGAAAUUCUAUUUACAAGUGUUGCCUUCAUUUCUUUCUGCCAUCCCUUCCUUUACAGUCGAGGCCUAUCCACUUGGUGACCUUAGAAUACUACUUUAGGUAUAUUUGUGAAUUUAGUUUAGAGUUCCUAGAUCCACACACUUGUUUCACUUAUGUCUGAGAGCUGUUAGCACUUGAUUCACUUUUCAGAAUUCAACAGUCAAGCAUCAGUGAAUUUUAUUGCACUUCAGGAUGAUCCUGAUAGGGAUGUGACUUAUAGAAGAAUUGCCAAAUUAUACCUUAGCAACAUUCUACAGUCCAUAGAUUAUUCUCCACCAGCAUAAAUCGGUGAGAAUGACUAGGGUCUUUCCUAGAGUUUCAUUGCCAGUACUUAUCACCAAGAGAAGUCAGAAUGUACAAUUCUGGAGGUUAUUAUCCCAAGCUGAUAACAAGAAAGUAACUAAACACUAUUAAGGUCUUGCAAACAUUUGCUAGGUUGUCCUUCCCAAUGCAUGUGCAGGCUGCAUCCUGUCCUUGUUUUUGAGCCAGGGUUUAUAAAUAGGUAGAUUUAUAUCCAUCUUAAUAGAACUGUAUAUUUUAUGCAAGAAUUAAAUGCUUUAUGAUAUGAAUCCUAACUCAACCCAUUGUAAACUUCGGUGGCAAUACGGAUUUGAAACUUGACAGUUCUCUUGUAUUUGCUUCCUAGGUUUCUGCAUGCAAGUGAUGACAGGUAGGACUGAGUAAACACUGCCUUUUGACUUCUAGCAUUUAGCAACCGAGAGUUGUAGAGUCAACAAAGCUGUAAGUCUCUUCACUUAACCUGUGGUUCUUCUGAAACUAUUAUCUGAAACCUACAGCAUCCCACCAUGAAAUAUUUGGUAAAUUUCUGUUGUGACGUGUGGCAGCAUGUAAAUAAUUGUAACUUCUCUGCAAUAAAACAUAUUUAUAUGAAAGUGA